CACUUCCCCUUUUCCCCGGGAGAGUUUGUCCGUGUUUCUGGGUUUCUCCGGAGCUCCGACCGAGGCAGCAGCAGCAGCGAUGCCGUCCAUGCCGUCCCUGGAGCAGCUGCAGCGGGGCCUGGAGGCCGCCGGGCAGGCGCACGUCCUCCGGUUCUGGCCGGAGCUCGGCGCGGAGGAGCGGGCCGCCUUCCUGCGGGAGCUGGGCGGGCUGGACCUGCGCGGGCUGCGGGAGCACUGCGAGGGCGCCGCCCGGGCGGCGGCGGCGGCGGCCGGGGAGGGGAGCCCGGGGGCCGGCCUGGACCGGAGCCCCGACCGGGACAUGGAGCCCAUCCCUCCGGAGCUCGUCGGCGGCGGGGAGGGAAGCGGAGACGAGCGGUCCCGCUGGGAGGAGGAAGGCCUCCUGCAGAUCUCCCAGGGCCGCGUGGGCGUCCUGCUGCUAGCCGGGGGUCAGGGGACCCGGCUGGGGGUCUCGUACCCCAAAGGGAUGUACGAUGUGGGGCUACCUAGCGGCAAGAGCCUGUACCAGAUCCAGGCGGAGCGGCUACGCCGGGUGCAGCAGCUAGCGGAGGAGAGGACCGGGUCCAGGUGCAGAGUUCCCUGGUACAUCAUGACCAGCGACUUCACGCUAGCCGCCACCGAGAGCUUCUUCCAGCAGAACCGCUACUUCGGCCUGGAGCCCGCUAACGUGGUGAUGUUCGAGCAGCGGAUGCUGCCGGCCGUGUCGCUGCAGGGGAAGCUGCUCCUGCAGGGGAAAGGGAAGGUCGCCAUGGCGCCAGAUGGGAACGGCGGGCUGUACCAGGCGCUAGCGGACCACCAGGUGCUGGAGGACAUGAAGGAGAAGGGGGUGGAGUUCCUGCAGGUGUACUGCGUGGACAACAUCCUGGUCAAGAUGGCCGACCCCGUGUUCCUGGGCUUCUGCGUGAGCCGAGGCGCCGACUGCGGCGCGAAGGUGGUGCGUAAGCGGCACCCCGGGGAGCCGGUGGGCGUGGUCUGCCGGGUGCGGGGCGUCCCCCGGGUGCUGGAGUACAGCGAGCUGCGGCCGGAGACGGCCCGGCUCCGCGGCCCGGAGGGGCAGCUGCUCUACGGCGCCGGCAACAUCUGCAUCCACUUCUUCACCCGGGGCUUCCUGCAGGAGCUGGCCCAGAAGUUCCUGGGCCGGCUGGACCAGCACGUCGCCCUGAAGAAAGUUCCGUUCCUGGACGACGACGGGAACCUGGUGACGCCUGGAGAACCCAACGGAAUCAAGAUGGAGAAGUUCGUGUUUGACGUCUUCCCUUUCUCCAGCAACUUCGUGCUGUUCGAGGCCGUGAGGGAGGAGGAGUUUUCCCCGCUGAAAAACGCCGACGGAGCGGCCGCCGACACCCCGACCACGGCCCGGGACUCCCUGCUGGCUCUGCACCGGCGCUGGCUGUUCGCCGCCGGGGCCGCGCUGCUGGACGGCCCGGGGGACGGACCCGGGGACGGGGAACCCCCCGGGACCGGGGAACCCCCCGGGAAUCCCCCCGGGACCGGGGAACCCCCCGCAGCUCCGUCACACAGCGCGUCAUCAGGAGGCCACGCCCCCGCGCCAGGAGGCCACGCCCCCGCACCGGUGGAGAUCUCCCCGCUGGUUUCGUACUUCGGAGAGGGCCUGGAGCAGCUGGUGGGAGGGAGAACGCUGGCGACUCCUCUCAUCCUGGACGAGAAGAAGGCCGAGGAGCUGCGGGCCACGUGACCCGGAUGGAGGCCCCGCCCCCUUUUUCAAAUCCACUAAUCGAGUGUGAUGACGACGUACAUGAUGAUGACGUUGAUUUGUUAAAGAAAAUAAAAGGAAGAUGAACUGAGAUGAACUCUGUCUCUGGUUUCAAGUUGUUUUUUGACCUUAUAUGUAUGUUCUUAUAAUCUUAUAAAUAUAUCUCCAAGUAUUCCAUUACUCCAUUGUUUAUGUAAUAACUGCUCGGGGGUCAUGUUCUGGGUAUGGGUCUCUGGAAAGCAUCUAGAGACAACUCUGUUGUAU